AUGCAGACCCGGGCAAGCAUAUCAAUGGUCGACUCCGACUUCUUUUCCUUCGCCGAUUCACAUAUUCUCACGUCCACAACACUGCCCUACUCUGUGAUUCCUGUUUUCAAGAUACUAUGGCGCAUACAAGCCAUGAUUAAGUCAGUGACAGCUCGUCCCCUCGAUAUUAGCCCUGCAUACCAACGUGAAGAGCCGCCGAUCCGUCUUGAUUUAAUGAUUCUGCACGACCUGGAGACCGUCGUUGACAAUCGUGAUGGACCAGGGACUGGAUCCAACUACGAGGAACAGUUGGCAGCCGAACUAAGCCAGCGUCUAGGGGAGUGUAUCUCCGGGCAAAAUACUAGAUCGUCGGCCACUGGUACAACAGAAGUGGCUCCCUCAUUCUUCGAAGCUCUAAGAUUGUACGCUGCCGAAUAUGAAGAACCAGCAAGUUCAGAGAAGCUUAGCCACAUUCACAUACUUUGCAAGGCUCAGGACUCCCCUGCACGAGAUCUGGAGAGAGCAAUCUUGCAGUGUGGAAAGAGGCCGAGACUCCUCAACGCACCCAUGGCACAGUGCCAUCUGAAUUUUCUGCACAUAUCUCCCAAUCCUUUCGUCAUAGGGCACAUUGAUGAGAUGCUUGACCACUUGAAGAAGGACAAAGAUGUAGCAGGCAGAGUGGCUGAUACAUACGAAAAUAUCGUUUUUACUGGGCUCUCAGACGCAUCAUUAGCCGCGGCGCAGGCACAAGAUGAAGAAGCACCACACUCAAAUUCUUCUUCACUUGAACCGACGCCGAAAGAUUCUGAGAUAAACAUCAGCGCCGGGCUUCGGCUGAAGAUAUUUGACGAGGACACAGACGAAUUGCUAUCAGGCGCGUCAUAUGAUUUCUAUGCUUCCCAACGAAACGCUAUCGAGUUGGAGAAUGAGACGCCUCCUCCGUCCUCCAGAAGUGGAUCCCGUCAAAGAAUUACGAGAAUUAUCUAUGCCCGCGACGACGAAGCAGAGGCUACGUGCGUCAAUAUUAACGGAAGCAGAUUCGAUAGCGAGCUUAUCCACGUCUUCAUUGUGAUCAGGGAUCCUGUUAGACAGGCUCUUUCGCCUGUUCCUGAAGACAAUGGGCUACAUCUCCGACCACGAAAUCAAAUGAAUUCUGAUAUUACGGUAGCCAAAGGAGGACAAUGA